GGGCGUUCUGGGUCCCCGCCCACCUGCAAGUCAUGUGAGCCACCAAAAUGGUGGUGUUCGGGUAUGAGGCUGGGACUAAGCCAAGGGAUUCAGGUGUGGUGCCGGUGGGAACUGAGGAAGCGCCCAAGGAAAUGAAACACGAUUUCCAAAAUGAACUCAAUCUUUCAUGAGAAACUGAGGGUAGAGAUGUCAAUAAGCAGCCACUGUUUCCACCUCCCCACCUGAAGAGCUAGGAGGACAACUACAAAGGGCCUGACUGCCUUCUCGGAAUGAGGAGAGAGGAAAACAGCAACAGUAUCAGAUAUCAAGAUGACAGCAUCUAUGCAUGGUCAGCCCAGUCCUUCUCUAGAAGAUGCAAAACUCAGAAGACCAGUGGUCAUAGAAAUCAUAGAAAAAAAUUUUGACUAUCUUAGAAAAGAAAUGACACAAAAUGUAUAUCAAACGGCGACAUUUGGAACAACAGCUGGUUUCUCUGGAAUAUUCUCAAACUUCCUGUUCAGACGCUGCUUCAAGGUUAAACAUGAUGCUUUGAAGACAUAUGCAUCAUUGGCUACACUUCCAUUUUUGUCUACUGUCAUUACUGACAAGCUUUUUGUAAUUGAUGCUUUGUAUUCAGAUAAUAUAAGCAAGGAAAACUGUGUUUUCAGAAGCUCACUGAUUGGCAUAGUUUGUGGUGUUUUCUAUCCCAUUUCUUUGGCUUUUACUAAAAAUGGACGUCUGGCAACCAAGUAUCAUACCGUUCCACUGCCACCAAAAGGAAGGGUUUUACUGCAUUGGAUGACGCUUUGUCAAACACAAAUGAAAUUAAUGGUGAUUCCUCUAGUCUUUCAGCUUAUGUUUGGAAUAUUAAAUGGUCUAUACCAUUAUGCAGUAUUUGAAGAGACACUUGAGAAAACUAUACAUGAAGAGUAACCAAAAAAAAUGAAUGGUUGCUAACUUAGCAAAAUGAAGUUUUUAUAAAGAGGACUCAGGCAUUGCUGAAAGAGUUAAAAGUAACUGUGAAUAGAUAAUUUGUUCUGUGCCUUUUGCCUGGUAUAUAGCAAAUACUCAAAAAAUAUUCAAUAAUUCAAUCAAUAAAUAUAAGUUUCAUCUUACAUGUAAGAUACAGGUCUUAUCUCCUGAUGGUGUGUCCAUUUUGCCUGAUAUAUAACAGAUAAUAAAUAUUCAGUAUCAAUAAAUGUAACAAUAAAA